GGGGACAAAUGCUUAAUUUUUAUAACACAAUCAGUUUCUUUACAACUAUUCAUCAUAUAACUUGUGUCUUAAGAGUGAAUUUAAUUCUUUUCAUUAUUUUUUCUAAAUUAUAAACAAGAGAUUGUAAAAUGACAAUUAUCUUGUAAUUCUAUUUUCCACCAAUAGAGGGCCCUCGGUUAAUAUGCCCCAAAAUUCAAAUGUUUUAGUGCUCUGGUGAAUACAAAAAUGAUCCCCAACUUAUUAAUGAAAAAUGAACUGCAACUAUGGAAAAAAAAUUUUGGUUUUUUAAAAAGUGAUAUUUUUAAUGAUUUUUUUUAAUGUUGUGUUGUAUACUGCAUAGAUCUACUUGUAGAUUCCCCACAGAUGAAAAACUAAUGGAAACUGACCACUCAUUCAGUGAACAAGGUUAGGUCUAUAACAUUGUUCUCUGUUACUAGUCCCUGUGUGGUGAAACAAGAAUGGCAAUGUUUGUCUGAUUUUCUCUUGUUCUUGGGGACAAAGUCAACGAACAAGAAAGAAAAGUAAGCCAAGCAUUGCCAAAAUUUCACUAAACACAGGGAUUCCUAGUAACAAAGAACAAGGUUACAUGUAUAUCUAGCAGCCAUUCGCUCUCGCAUUAUGUCCGGACCCCCUGUCGAAUGAAGACAAUCCGCUAGCCUGUGAUUGACUGACUUCUGUGCAAAUUCAGUGCUGUUAAGUUUUUCUUUGCUUUGUUUUUUUAUUUGUCAUUUUUUAGACAAUCCUAAAUUUGUGAAAAAGUUUGCGAACUUGGAACAAAACCACAGAUUUCUUUAUUUUUAGCACAUGUUUUUGGCAACCCUGCUUAGAAUAGUUGACUUUGAUAUUUUGAGCUCUUCUAGCUGUUUAUAAAAAUGGCUGGCUGGUGAUUAUGAGUGUCAACAAGAAAAUCUAUAUAUAAAGUAUAUAAAGUAACAUAUCUUGUUCUCAUUUUGUUUUCUCUAUAGGACCUAUGACUGCUGUGAGGUGUAUCCAGGUCCCCAUUUGAACAUGAUCAUGGGUCCUAAUGGUACGGGUAAAUCCACCAUAGUGUGUGCCAUGUGCCUCGGUCUCAACGGCAACACUAAUCUUCUCGGCAGAGCCAAGGAUCUUGGUGAGUUUGUGAAGAGAGGGACCAACAGGGCAGAAAUUGAGAUAGAGUUGUACAACUCUAAGGGUCGUAACCACGUUAUCAGACGGGAGAUUCAUAAAAAUGGAAACCGCUCGGUUUUUACCAAGAACAACCUUCCAAUAAAGAACAAGGAAGUGACGCAGUUUGUUCGUGAACGGAAUAUACAGAUCACCAACCUUUGUCAGUUUCUACCCCAGGAGAAAGUUGUUGAGUUCUCACAGAUGAAUAAUAUAGAGCUACUGGAACGUACAGAAGAGUCUAUUGGUUCGCAAGACCUGUAUGACAACCAUCAGACACUGAAGGACUGCCGCACCACUGAGAAAGACCUAGAACAACAGUUGAAAGACAAGUCUGACCAUCUUGAGAAGCUAAAGCAGCAGAAUGAGCGUGUUGAGAAGGACGUCCAGCGUUUCCAGGAAAGACAGAAGACAUUGGAAACCAUUGAGACAUUGGAGAAGAAGAAAGUCUGGAUGCAAUAUGAUGACAAGCGGGUUCUCUUCAUGAAAGUGAAAGAGGAGAAGAAGAAAGCAGAGGAGGGGCUUGCGCAAAGGAAACGUCGAGCGGAUCCCCUAGAAAAAGAACUACAAGCAGCUGUGAAAGCAUGCAAGCAGCUGGACCAGCAGAAGAGAAAUCUGUCACAAGAAAUCAGUGAACAGGAGAAACUGAUCAAGAAGGAGAGACAUGAGCUUGGAGAACAUACAGGCUCCAUUGCAGAAAUCCAUGAGGAACUCAGAGACAAGAGGACACAGGAACAGAAAAGACUUAAAUUAAUCCAUGACUGGAAAGAGCAGGCAGCAGGAUAUCAGAGAGAAUUGGAACAACUGGAACCAGAUGAAAAUAUCAAACCCCAACUGGAUGAAAAUCUUGCAGAGAUCAACAGGGUUUCUGAAGAGAAGACAGCAAUAGAGAAACAAUGCAGCACGAUAAGAGAUGAAAGAACAGCUUUAAAGAGAGAAAUCAAAGGUUAUCAGGACCGUCUAAAGAAGUUGAACGAUAUGCGCGAUCAGAGACUACGCACCCUUCAAGGCAAGUCACCCGAUACCUACAACGCAGUUCUCUGGCUACGUUCCAAUCCUGACAAGUUCAAGAAGACUAUUCACGAACCCAUUGCACUGGUGUUGAACAUCGCAAAUAAAGACCAUGCCAAGUUCAUCGAGAGAGCCAUACCCUUUCAGGAUAUGCUAGCGUUUGUUUGCGAGGAUGCUGAAGAUCAGGAGAGAUUCAUUAAUGAGAUCCGUGAAAGACAGAACCUCAGAGUGAGUGUUGUCAAGAGUCCUGCAGAGCCCUCUGAGAAUUAUGUUUCACCAAGACCCAUUCAACAAGUAGGGUUUGGAUUCUUUGCCUAUUUGAAGGACCUUGUGACCGCCCCGAAUGCUGUGAUGGCUUACCUGUGCAAGCUUCAUAAGCUUCAUAACAUUCCACUCGGAGAUGAGAACACAGAACGCAAUGUUUCAAAGGUUAUCGAACAUGCUCAGCUAACCAAGUUUUACACCCCAGGAUACCAGUACAACAUCAAGCAGAGUCGCUAUGGUAACAAGAACAAAUCAUCACUGAGCAGUCAGGUUCAACCCGCAAGGUUACUCGGUCAGAGUAUGGUGGAUAUGAGAGAAAAGAGAGAACUGGAAAUGCUCAUUCAGGAAAAGGAAAAACUUGUCCAGGAAGUCGAGCGGAGGUUCGCUGACCUUGAGAACAGACACAAGAGCUUGGACGCCGAGCUUGAGGAGAUCAAAGAGGCCAGAAAGCAACUCAAGAAGAGACAGAAUCAAAGAAGAACCAUCACUCAGAACAUCAAAGCAGUGAUUGACAAGAUCAAGAGGAAAGAGAGUAUGGCCAUUGACCUUGAAGCGGAGAAGAGAAAAGUAGAACAAAAGAUACAAGAAGUCAACAGGGAGAAGCUCACCAUACUGUCAAAGAUUCAUGGCUACAACAAGGUCUGUCUUGAUAAGUCAAUGCAGAGGGUUUCAUUGAGUUUCCAGCAGGUAGCUGCUGAGAAGUUCAGAAAGCAGUGUGAGGAUAACAUCAGUGACACCAAGAAUGAGAUCAACAUUCUGGAGACCCAAGUCCAGGAUUUGACUGUUGAGAACGACCAAGUAAAGAGUGAUGCUAAACGAUUAUUGAAACUUGCAAGAGAAAAAACUGGCAGUGAAAAACCUUCAGACCAUCUGAAGAAACUGUUUGAGCAGUACCCUAACGACAUUGAUAUGGUGGAUGAAAUGAUCUUCAGAGAGAAAGCACAAGCCGAUUGCCAGUACGCUACGGAUGAAGGAGUCGUCAGAGAAUAUGAAAGGAAAAAGAAAGAAAUAAGAAUCGUUGAAGCGGAGGUUGUUAAGAAGAAAGAGGAGGUUGACCGUCAUAAGGACAGGAUAGAUGACCUGAAGGAAUCCUGGUUACAUGAGCUCCGGGACCUGGUUCACGAUAUCAACGCCAAGUUCUCAGACUUCUUUAAAACCAUGGGAUGUGCCGGUGAAGUCAGCCUCUUCUGCCCGACUGAGGAGGAUUAUGAUAAAUAUGAGAUAAGGAUCAAAGUGAAGUUCCGUCGCAAUGAGCAACUCCAGCUUUUGACCUCGACCUACCAGAGUGGUGGGGAGCGCAGUGUAGCUACUGUCCUCUAUCUGAUGGCCUUACAAGAUCUCAACAAGUGCCCCUUUAGGGUAGUGGAUGAGAUUAAUCAGGGUAUGGAUCCAAACAAUGAGAGGAAGGUGUUUGAGUUUGUGGUUGAGACAGCAUGCAGAGAGAAUACAUCUCAGUACUUCCUCAUCACACCAAAACUGCUACCAGACCUGAAGUAUGGACCCAGAAUGAAAGUUCUCUGUGUGUAUAACUCCCACUGGAUGCUGUCUCACGAGAAAUGGAGCAUUCCAAAGUUCAUCCAGCGAAAGAAGAGACUGAACAAGGAGAACUAAUCCUGAUCCUGAGCAAUGGCUCCUUGUUGAAAGUUCCUUCUUCAUAUGAACUCAUAAUGUUUGAAAGCCUGGGGCCUGUUUCAUAGAGACCUUAUGAGUAUUGUAACUUGACCAUCAUGGUAACUGUCAUGGUACCAGAGCUCAGGAGCCAAUCCUAAUCAAGAUUUCCAUGGUAGUUACCAUAAUGUAUAAUUGUAUGUCUCUAUGAAACAGGGCCUUAGUCCAGUGUUUGGAGCAACUACGAAGAAAAAUUAAGAAAUAGUAAUUUUGGUGCUGCUUCUGCUGCUAACAACUGUUUUUUUUUUUUCAGGCCCAACUGAAAUCCAGAAAUAACUCUAAGGAACCACUCGUUUCAAAUAUUAGAUCUAAUUAUGAUCAACUACCAAGAAACAAAUUUCAACAAACUUGUCAGCAAGAAUGACAUUUUGAAGGCUUUUUGUCUCAUGAAAAAUAAACAUCACACACCCAUUUAAAGCUUCCAAAGUGUCUAUCGCAAACAAGUGUUAUGUUUUGAUAGAUAUGGAUAAUAAACAAGAGAGGAUAAGUCCUGAUGAAGUUCACCAAUAUCACAAUGUGUUUAUAUGGUUGAGUUCAAAAUGAGGAGAAUCGGAAAAGAAGUAUAAGCUCUCAACCUAAUAAAUCAUCUUAUCUGUCCAUUUAAUAUGUGAAAUGAGACAGAGUAGCAAAAAGCUACGAUAGCUUACAAAGGUUAAUUACCUUAAUAGUGCUUGAUUGACUGCUUAUUAGGUCUUAAACUAGGAUAAUUGCAAUCCUAGUUUUAACUCAAUGUGAACCAUUUCAUAGCAGCUGAUUACCUUAAAAGAAAGAUAUUGUGCCUUUUUUUUAAAUUGGACUUGUGUCUUGUCUUCCUUGUGCAGACAAAUUAUGCUGACAUGCUCUGUGUUGUGCGAGGAAAUAAUUGAUCUGAAAUUCAUUUCCAAAAACUCUUUCUCUUACAUUUCAUCUUCAUAUCUCUUCCUGUGUUAUAAUAUUUUUCCUAGUUUUCCUUUUUUAUCCUUCUGCUUCCACCUCCCCCUUUCCAUCUUUCUUUAUUACUUCACCCCCCCCCCCAAUAUUCCUCCCCAUUGAUUUCUUAAUUUCUCCCUUGUUUUCUUUCUCACACAACUCUCUUUUCCACUCUUUCAUCUCUUCCUUCAUUAAGCCUCCAAAUCUUUCCAAUUGGUCUGUAUCCUGUACUGUCCCCCCCCCCCUUAUUCAUCUCCCAUCAUUGCUAUCCACAUUUUCCCCUUUAUGCCUUUUCUUUCAGUUUCCAACUUUUAUUUUCUAUAAACUCCAGGGAGGUGCUACUAGGGGGCGCCCCUUCCUUCAUGUGAUUGUUAGAAGUUUUUUUAAGAAAGAAAAAGGGGGAAGUAAAGGAAGAGAAAAGAAAUAAAAGUAUAUACAAAAAAAAUAGGUACAACUCUUAGAAAAAUAUACAUGUAGGUCUAAUUUUAUAAUACCCCCUUCUGAAGUGAACUUUCAGCAGUCUUCCCCUCUUCAAAGUACCCUGACAUCUCUUAAUUUAUACCCCUAUCGUAUCUUCCUUCCCUUCAUCUAUUUCAUAUGUUAUCUUCCAUUCCCCGUGUUGUCCCCGUUUGUCCUCAUUCUUUGCCCCUAAUGUUCCUUUCCCCUUUUUUUCUCAAUGUUAAUAUACGUAUUGAUGUUUUCAGAUUUGAUGUUUUCAGAUAUAACCCAUGAGUUUUAAAUGAUAGUAUGAUAAGAGCAAUCUUACAAAGAUUUAUUUGGUCUCAUAUAAAUGUAUAACAAGCUGGACAUGGCUCCAACCAGACUGACCACACUUGGUAUCAAAAGACAAAAUGACCAAAAAUAAACAAUUUAAAGAAAUUUUUAAAGAAAAGAAGAUAAAUGUUAUUUAAAAAACAACAUCAGUUCGGUGGAUUCAAAUUACGAGUUGAGAGCAAAAUUGCCACAUUAUCUCUAUGCAUUUGAAGUUAAACAUCGAAGGGGGGGGGGGGGUCCUUGUCCUUUAGCCCAGAGAACGUGUCCCAAAAUGGGAGGGAUUUUUUUUUAUUCAAUAAAUUGUCUGUUUACAAUGCAGACACUUCAUGUAAAUAUGUUAUGUAGAGUUAGACAUAGAUUUAAUCAGUACAGUAGACUGCAAGUGUUGUCUACAUUAUAUUAGUUGUCAUGUUGAACAUGACUAUACAAGCGCUUUUUUAUAUACACACUAAGAUAUUUAUUAACACUGUUCUUUGUUCCUUUUCGUUACUUUUUACAAUGUUUUGUACAUGUUUGUUUCUUGCCAUAGAAAAUAUUCUCUCUCUGUCUCUUUUGCUUUUACAUAUGGAUAAACAAACUUUUGUCUUUCUCACAUUCCACAUUCAUUGGAAAUGUAGCUUUAUGUCAUUACCAUAAACUUACCAACACAAAUCUAUGAAAUCUAUAGAAUUUUCUUCCAAGGGUCUUGAUGAUUGGAUUUUUUAUUUACCAAAUGAAAUUGAAGUUAAUUACAUUGGCCUUUCAGUGAUAUGCUUUAUACUGAGAUUUUACUUGAUGAUCGGUAAUCAAUGAACUAUUACACUUCAAAUCUAAUCUCUUUUUAUGCCUGAUAUGUUGGGCAAUCUUUCUUUAAGAUUCCAUGUUAUGUUGCAAUAACACCAACAAAACUGACUCCACUGUCCGAUGGUUAGUGAUAAAAAAUAGUGUUAAUACAGUAGUUUUGAUAGGUCAGGGCCCCGUCUUACAGAGAGUUGCGAUCGAUCCGAUCAAUCACAACUAUGGACGGCCAGCAACGUCAAUAUCUAAAAUGCAGAUUUGUUCAAUAUAAAUUCCAGAUAUGAUGAUUAUUCAUACAUUUAUCUUUCUCUUGAUGAUUCAGUGUGAUUUUCUUUUUAUUAUGGUAUGGAUGGAUAUCUAUACAGUUGAGAUUGAUUUGAUCGAUCAUAACUCUUUGUAGGAUAGGGCCCAGAAGUAAGUUUUGUUACUUUGACUGUGGCAUUAUAAAGGAACAAAAUGAACUUGCGCAUGAAGCUUUUAAUGUAGCAAUAAGGCCUCAAUUCUCUUCCAUCUUUCAUGUACCCUCAUAAAAUGUAUAAAUGUUUUAUGUUAACAUAGAGUAGAUGCAUAUUUAACCCUGUUUUAAGUUAUGCAUACACAGUACGUGUGUUUCAAGAUGUAUUUAUGGAAAACAUGUUAUCACUAAUGUGCUUUAUGGCAAUAAACUUUAAGUACUAAGAAAAAAAAAU